GGGCUGCUCGCUCUCUCUGCUUCUUCCUUCAACACCUGCCAGGCUCAGCUGCCUGAAAUCAUGCCGCUAGGUCUCCUGUAUUUGGGCCUCACCUUGCUGGGCACCCUGCAGACCCAAGCCCAGGAUUCUGCUCCAAACCUGAUCCCAGCCCCACCUCCCUCCAGGGUCCCCCUGCAGCAGGGCUUUCAGGAUGACCGGUUCCAGGGGAAAUGGUACGUCGUAGGCUUGGCAGGAAAUGCAGUUCGGAAAGAAAAACAGGGUCAGUUCAGGAUGUACAGCACCACGUACCAACUGAAGGAGGACCACAGCUACAAUGUCACCUCCACUCUGCUCAGGGACCAGGGUUGUGACCACUGGAUCAGAACUUUUGUCCCAACUUCCCAGCCUGGCCAGUUCACCCUGGGAAACAUUAGCAGUUAUCCCAAAAUACAGAGUUACAUCGUGCGGGUGGCAGCCACCAACUACAACCAAUAUGCCAUGGUGUACUUCAAGAAAGCUUCUGAAAACAGGGAAUACUUCAAGAUUACCCUCUAUGGGAGAACCAAGGAGCUGACCCCUGAACUGAAGGAGAGGUUCAUCCGCUUCGCCAAAUCUCUGGGCCUCACUGAUGACCACAUCAUCUUCCCUGUCCCCAUAGAUCAGUGCAUCGACAACUGAACCGGCAGUGAGGACGUCAGCUCGGGGGACUGACAGGAGGCCAGGGUGCAGAGGACAGGAGGUCUCAGGCCUACCUUUGCCCAUACCCCUCUCCCUGGAACCAUGGCUGUCUUCACUCUGCUAUCCUCUCUCAGGUGCCUCCCGCCUCUGCCUCUCCAACCUCUGCCCUUCCUGCAGUCUCUGCUGUGUGUCACCUGGCUGCCCCACCAGCCACGAUGCCAGUCACAGAGCUGGAGAUCCUUCUCAUGGUGCAGCACUGCCCUGAAAGCCUCAGAUGAAGUCCCCUGUCUGCUAAAUUAACACAUGCCAACCAC